AUGGGUUGUUGUGGCUGUGGAGGCUGCGGCUGUGGCAGCUGUGGCAGCUGUGGAGGCUGCGGCUGUGGCAGCUGUGGAGGCUGUGGCAGCUGUGGUGGCUGUGGUGGCUGUGGCAGCUGUGGAGGCUGUGGUGGCUGCGGAGGCUGUGGUGGUUGUGGAGGCUGCAACAGCUGUACCACCUACAGAUGCUACCGGGUCUGCGGCUGUGGUGGCUGUGGUGGCUGCUGUGGUAGCUGCUGCGGCUGCUGUGGCUGCUGCAAGCCUGUGGUAGUCUGCUGCUGCCGCCGUUCCUGCUGCCGCUCCUGUGGCUGUGGCUCCUGUGGCUGUGGCUGCGGCUGUGGGAAGGGCUGUUGUCAGCAGAAGUGCUGCUGCCAGCAGAAGUGUGGAUGCAAGAAGCAGUGCUGCUGCUAG